GACACCUGUGGCGCCACGUUGGAAGAGAAGGCUAAUGGAAGUGGAGACGUGCGGACAGAUCUGCAAGAGGCACUGGCCACCUCGGUGUCUGUGGCAUCAGAGCCCUACGAUCCCCCGCGUUUGAUCCGAGACGCCCCAAUCAACCAGGAUGUCAAGGGUGGAAAGGGUGAGAAGGGUGAACAGGAGAAAGGCGACAGAAAGGGAAAAGGCAGCAACGCCACUGGCAACGUUGACAAAGACGCAGUUGUGGCAGAAGCUCUGCUCAACCUAAAGGGUGGCAAGGGCGAAAAGGAGAAAGGCGGCGGAAAGGGAAAAGGCAGCAACGCCACUGGCAACGUUGCCAACGACACAGUUGUGGCAGAAGCUCCGCUCAACCUAGAUGUCAAGGGUGGCAAGGGCGAAAAGGAGAAAGGCGGCGGAAAGGGAAGGGCCAAAACCAGGGGCAAGAAGGGCGGUAAGGAUUCCGCUGGCAAAGGAAAGGCCAAAGGAAAAGGCAAGAAAGAUAGCAAUGGCCAUGGCAAAGGUGCCAACGGCCCAGAGCACCAGCAGGUGAUGCCAGAAACUCGGGCCAAGGGAAAGGGCAAGAAGGGCGGUAAGGAUUCCGCUGGCAAAGGCAACUGGGACCAGGGCCAUGGCAAAGGAAAGGCCAAAGGAAAAGGCAAGAAAGAUAGCAAUGGCCAUGGCAAAGGUGCCAACGGCCCAGAGCACCAGCAGGUGAUGCCAGAAACUCAGUUGGCCAAGGGAAAGGGCAAGAAGGGCAGCAAGAGCAAAGGAGCCAACGAUGCAGGUCACCAGAAUUUCAAGGGUGGCAAAGGCUAUCGAAACAAGGGCCAUGUCAAAGGAAAUGCCAAAGGAAAGGGCAAGAAAGGAGGCAAGAAUUUCCAAGCCAAGGGGGUUUGGGACAAGGGCUACGGCAAGGGCUGCCCCAAGGGUAACAAGGGGUAUGGAAAGGGCAAGGGCAAGAAGGGCCUCGAGCAGAACAUCUACAUGCACUGCACCAUCUUUGGAUCGGCCUCGGUCUUAAGCCCCGGCAGAGGAGGCCAGCAGCAAAGCGACCUCCUCCACAUGUGCAACGCCACCCCGCACGGUGCCACCCAUGUGGGGUGCUUCAUCAGUAUUGGAGAUGAUGAACACCUGACGCACCAGCACUCAAGUCGCGACAUUUCUUGGGUGGGCUGGAGGCCCAACGGACUUGGUCAUCAGGACAUCUCAGGGAAUUCCUCCACGGAUGUCUUUGCUGAGAAUGAGGAUAUGUCGGUGCAGAUUUCCGUCAGCCAUGAGCAUUGCACUGAAGAGAUCCAAGCAGUUCUGCUGGUUGAGUGCGCAGCCGCACCGAUUUCCACGGGACCUCACAAGAUCCUUCAGUUCGCCAUGGCCUCAAGUAGGUUUCGACUGCUCAACGAAGCAUUCUGCCAGCUGCUGGAGGACUAUUCCUUGGUCAGCUUUGUGAUGCUGAAUCGCGAAGAUGAGGAUUCCAUCGAGUUGUGCCUCGCCCAUGUGAACCAUUGCAUCCAAUACGGCGAGAACUUAGAGCCCGAAGGCAACUUUGACCUGCCAGAUGAGAUGGGCGAGGGAUUUGAGGGAUUCGAAGGAUUCGAAGGGUUUGGAUAG